AUGGCAGCCUCUGCGCCAGGUGGCCAGGCCGGGCUACCAGGUGCUCUAAAACCCGCGGUGGCGACCGAAGACCAGAUCCGGCGAGUCGUCCAAGUCAUCAAGACGAUGCCCAUUAUCGACAACCACGCACACCCGCUUCUGAAACCCGAGGCUGUCGGCCGGCAUCCUCUUCUCUCCAUCGUCAGCGAGGCUCAUGGAGACGCCAUCCGUGCUUCUGUCACGGCAUUGUCUCACCACCGUGCUGUGCAGCAGCUAUCGGGUGUCCUUGGGUGUCAUGCGACGUGGGACUCCGUGGUGGCAGCAAUCGAAGAGCGCCGCGGCGGCGAUUACAAUGCCUGGGUUGCCCAGUGUCUCGAGGGCCUUGAAACGAUCUUGCUCGACGACGGACUGGACAGCGAGGACGACGCGUACGACCACACCUGGCACAACAAGUUCACCCCCACCAAAUGCCGCCGAAUCGUCCGUAUUGAAGCAGUGGCGGCUGACAUCAUCGACCGUCACUGUGUGGCCUUUGACAACGCGCAGCCUCUCGACAAUGUUUUUGACAACAUGCUCGAAGAGUUUGACACCCAGAUCAAACAGGCCAUCUCGGAUCCAGACGUCGUUGGCUUCAAGUCCGUCAUCUGCUACCGCACUGGCCUUGCCAUACCUCGCGUUGUAGACAUUGCCGGCGCGCGAGAGUCGUUUUCCGAGAUCGUCACCACUCAUUCGACGUCCGGCAAACGCUUCCGCCGGCUGCAGCAUGCUGGCCUGAACGAUCUGUUUGUCCAUCGUACCGCGAUUCAUAGCCGCUCCUCUCCCGGCCGAUUCAACAAGCCGAUUCAAUUCCACACGGGGCUCGGUGACAACGACAUCACCUUGACAAAAUCGUCGCCGGCGCAUCUCCAAGAUUUCAUUCGCACGUAUUCGACCGUGCCGAUUGUACUGUUGCAUUCGGGAUACCCUUACGUUCGCGACACGGGAUACCUUGCCACAGUGUACAGCAACGUCUAUGCAGACAUUGGCGAGGUGUUCCCCAUCGUUGCCCGCCACGGGCAGGAAUCUAUGCUGCGGGAGAUACUUGAACUCUGCCCGUGGUCUAAGGUGAUGUUGAGCACGGAUGGACACUGGUUCCCGGAAACAUACCUUCUUGCCAUUCUCCAAGCCCGGGACGUUCUUGAAACGGUGGUCUGCGAUUUUGUUCGGAGUGGACAAAUCGGAUGGCAAGCGGCUGUCCAACUGGUGCAAGACAUCCUCUUCCGGAACGCGAACAAAGUCUACCAGCUGGGACUUGAGGUUCCGGGCACAGUGCCCGAAGCAGACGAAGCGAUUCGCCAGGCGAAAGGCGAGGUGGGAAAGGCACCGGCACCAUCCGACUUGACGAUCUGGGACGCCUUCACACGUGGAAAGCCCGCUCCGGACUUUGUGCGAGUCUCCUGGCUCGACUACACAUCACUGCCACGCAUGCGCAUGAUCCCCUUCCGGCGGUUCGAUCGACUGGUCCGGUCAAACAGUUCGCUCGACAUUGGCAUCACCAAGGCAUGUCUCGGACUUCUCCAGAACGAUACGGCCGCGCCGGGGGUGACGCCAACAGGCGAAUAUCGGCUCCAUCCCGACUUUUCGUCAUUGACGGUGGGCCCGAUGGAUGGCCACAUCAAUGUAAACGGCGUGUUCCGCGAAAAGGACGGGUCGCGGGUGCCACUGUGUCCCCGGUCGCAGUUGAUCCGUGCAAUCGAGCUCUCGGCCGCCGAAGGCAUCUCGCACCUGGUCGGGUUUGAGAUCGAGUUUGUUUUGUUGCAGAGAACAGAAUCGCACACGCCCGGCCAACGCUUCGCCAUGCUCUCCAACGACGGGCACGCCUGGUCUGCCAGUCGCUUCUACAACAACCCGGCCGUCGCGCGGCUCAUCCGUGACAUUGUCCAGGAUCUGGACGCAGCCGGCGUCGAGGUCGAGCAGAUCCAUGCAGAGAGCGCACCAGGCCAAUUCGAGCUCAUCUUGCCAGCCAAGCCGCCGCUCGAGGCCGUCGACAGCCUCCUCCUCGCGCGGGAGACGAUUGCGCACCGCGCCACCGAGGCGGGCUACAAGUUCACUCUGCACCCCAAGCCGUAUGCCAACGCCUGUGGCACCGCGUCGCACAUGCACCUGUCCCUAGUGACGCCCGACGGUAGGGGCAACGACGAGAACCUGUACGGGAAGUUUUAUGCCGGCAUCCUCGAGCACCUGCAGGCCAUUGCGGCGUUUACGUACAGCAGCCCCUCGAGCUACGAGCGCGUCGUCGACAGCGCGUGGGCCGGCGGGCGGUGGGUGACGUGGGGCACGCAGAACCGCGAGACGCCGCUGCGCAAGAUCGAGGACAGCCACUGGGAGCUCAAGUGUGUCGACGGCCUGGCCAACCCGUACCUGGCUCUGACGGCCGUGCUCUUGGCCGGCCUGUCGGGCGUCGUCUACAACCAGGAGCUCACGUGGGCCGACUGCACUGUCGACCCCGCCACGCUGACGCCGACAGAGCGAACCGACCUGGGCAUCACGAGUAUGCUGCCGGCGGACGUGAGCAGUGCGCUGCAGGCCCUGCAAAAGGACGAGGCGUUUGUCCACCUAAUCGGCCGCGACGUGGUCGAGCACUAUGUGACGGUCAAGACGGCCGAGACCGCGCUCUAUUACUCCAGGCCACCCAUGGACUCGAUACGGCGCGAAUUCAUUAUCGAGCGAUACUAG